CCAAAGCGUUGCUAUGGCGACGCAGCUCGAGUUCCUCGAAAGGGAACUGCCUUCCUAAAAGUAGCUCCGCUUUUGAUUUACUUUCGUUUCGUUCGUCUUUUCGUCACCCCGUGACAUCUGGACCCCACGUUUAAUCAUUAUCUAAAGCUUUUCAAGACGUAUAGUGUUCAGUUGGCUCAGUUAUCAGACAUGGCUCAACAAGAAUACAAGAUGCUUGGUGACAAAUUCUUUACAUACAAAGGAAUGGUGUUACCUACAAAUGACAUUCAUUUCAUUUCUCCAGAAUAUAUUGACAGUUUGAGGGAUUUUGAAAUAAGAGAUGAUGACGUCUUUGUCGUUACCUUCCCCAAAUCUGGAACGGUUUGGAGCCAGCAAAUUCUGACCUCACUGUAUGAAGAAGAUUUCCCAGAGAAAGUAAAUGAAACCACGUUUAAGCGGAUGCCCUGGCUGGAGUUUUUGGAGAAGGGGAAAGAUUACACCUCACGCCCAUCACCGAGACUCUUCUGUUCGCAUUUACAUGAGCACCUGAUGCCCAAAGGAUUGCAAGGACAAGGAAAAAUCAUCUACAUUAUGAGAAAUCCAAAAGACAUGAUGGUGUCCUACUUUCAUUUUUCCAAGAACAUGAAAAUUUUUGAACCUUCAGAGAGCUACGCUGACAUGAUGGAUAAGUUUUUCGUAGGACGGAUGCUCGGUGGAUGUUGGUUUGACCACAUCAGAGGAUGGAUCUCAAAUAAAGACAAAUACAACAUCUUGUUCUUGACUUAUGAAGAGAUGAUCAAGGAUCUGAGAUCUGUCAUUGUGAAAAUCUGUAAGUUUCUUGGGAAGAAUCUGUCAGAUGCUGCGAUUGAUAAAGUUGUGGAAAAGGCAACUUUUAACAACAUGAAGCAAGAUUCCAAAGCCAACUAUGAAUUCAUGCCAAAGACUAUCGCGGAGAAUCCAAAAGAACUCUACGUGCGCAAAGGAACAGUUGGGGAUUGGAAAAACUCAUUAACCGUAGCUCAGAAUGAACGCUUUGACCGCGUCUACCAAGAGAAAAUGAAGGGACUACAACUUAACUUCAUCUGGGACAUCUCUGAAUUAAAUAACUGAACACAAACAGUAUAAAACCGAUUUGAGUACUUUGCUCAUUUUAAUAAGUACACUGUUGUGUAUGUAAUGACAAAACUAAAAGUGUUUUUUUGUUAUUAUCUAUCAUGUUGUGACAAUAACAUUGUAUCCUCGAUUUAAUGAAUCAGUUGGCACCUAAUGCUAAAACAGGGCGUGGUGUGACACAAUCAAUCAAAAAACAGAGACAUGUUUGGCAGAGACAUCAACAACAAGUUAAUUCAUCAAGUAAAUGAGUUACUUUUGGUUUUAUAGCGCAUAAUUAUAAUGCUUCCUAUUCAUUUCCACAUUAAUAACAUGAAUUUAUCAGCAAUGCCAAGGUUCAGAUAGAAGUGUACUAUUGUCAGCACAGUGUGAUGUAAUAUGUCCUGUAGAGUAAGGUAAAUACUACGUUAUCAGAGAUCAAGUUUAGACAAACAGGAGUAUAAUAUUGAUAUGACAAAAUUACUAUGCAAAUAUAUUUCAAAGUGUUUUAAGAGUCAUUGUGGUUCUUACGUAUGAGAAGCUUACAGUGCAUUCAAGUUUCUAAAGAUUGUAUUAAUUCAUAAGUACCCUGAAUGAAACCCAUGACCUUGGUGUUGCUGGGACAAUGCUUAAGCUUCCCUUUUAAAGCUGUGGGGGUAAACACGGCCAGCAAAGGUGUCCAAUCCGCUCUGCAUGAUGAUUUAUACAGUUAUUGAAUAAAUCUUUUAAAAACA